AUGUAUCUUCCGGCGCCCAGCCCUAGCCGCCUGUCCCAACCCGACGCCCCGCAGCUGACCUGCACAGCGCACGCAUCGCGCCGCCGCCCGCCGGAGCCGCGGACCGCUGGCGACGAUCCACCCCCACUCUACCACGCCCGCGAAAGCGCGACGCAGCACGCACGAGCGCCGGCGGCGAUUCAGCGGCGGUCCGGCGACCUCCGUUCUGGAAAGAUGCUGCCAAGCAAGAGGGGUGCUGAUGAUCUCACAAGAUUCUCAACCGACUCAUCGAUUCCAGGUUUCUGGAAUGAGCUGAGUGAUGAAAUUGCAUCAAAGUUGUCUAGAAGUGUCGUCUCAAUUGCUUUGUCCCAUGGAGAAUAUGUGCUAUUUGCAUCCUCUGGCAUAGCUAUAGAAUGCCAGUCUAACUUCACAAAGUUUGUGACAUCAGCAGCUUUGGUUAGAGCUUUAGAUGAUGAAAGAGAUGUCCAUGACAUUGAGAUUAAAGUACGCCAUGAAGGACAUGUUGCCAUAGGGACUGUGGAAGAAUAUGACCUGGAUCAUGUAAUUGCUGUUGUCAAAGUCACACCCGUCCUUGAUGUUUAUUGCGUACCUCUCAGUUAUGCAAAGGAAUUGAUGCCUGGUAGCAAGGUUGUAGCAGUAGGGCGUGACAUCUCUGGCAAAUUAAUGGCCAGAAGUGGGACACUUACUGCUUCAGACCGAUCUGAAGAUUCUGGACAUCUUAUGUUCUCUACAUGUAAAUUAUCUGAGGUUAUGCAGGGGGGCGCACUUUUUGAAUUUGAUGGGAACUUUGUUGGCAUGAACAUUUUCUGGAAUAUGAAAAGACCCAUAUUCAUGCCAAGGGAUAUAAUUUUUGAUCGUUUGAACGAUUUAUGGACAUCCAUGGAAAAGAUAUUAUUUCCUGAGAUGGUGAAGUUAGCCAGAAAAAGAAGCACAAGUGUGGAACUUCGCUCGCAUCCUGAAGGUAGCAUGAAUGUUGAUACUUUUGAAGAACAUUUUGGCGACAAAUAUCCUACUGGUGUCUGGGGUGAAUUCAAGAAAGAAAUUUAUUCUAACAUAUCUGACAGAGUUGUCGCACUUGCUUCGUUCCAUGAUAAAUCAAAGUUCUUUGCAUGCACGGGAAUUUUCAUUGACUUUUAUGGAUGUUCGAUUAUUCUAACCUCAGCGAGCUUGGUUAGGGAUCCUGAUGGCGCUAAUGAGAUCGUGAGCAGCUUAAGGAUUGAGGUGUUGCUUCCAAACAACAAACGGACUGCAGGGAAAUUGGAGCAUUAUAAUUUCCAAUACAAUGUUGCUCUAGUCAGGGUCAAGAAUUACAAUGUUGAUGGUCGUGGGAAGCUGCCGAUGCCUGAGGUGGUACGAUAUAAUCAAACGGUGGUAGCUGUGGGCCGUUGCUUUGAAUCAGGUUUAUUAAUGGCUGCAAGUGGGAAAUUCAUACCAACCCACAAAGUGCCAGACGAUGCGAAUUAUGAUCUUGGGUACACUACGUGUAAAACCACUAAGGCUGUGAUUGGAGGCCCCCUUGUUGAUUUGGAUGGAAAAUUUGUGGGCAUCAAUUACUAUGAUAUAGAAACAGGAACCCCGUACCUGUCUUUUUCUGAAAUCUGGGAAAUUUUGGAAGGAAUGUUGGAUGAUUUGAAGACAAAUAAGGCGACGAUUGGUGGUCAUAAGGCCCGUGUGGGAUAUGACAUCGAACCACAAAUCAUCUGGGUAUCGCCUGCCUGAUCCAAGGUGAUACGGAUGAAGAUGAAGUUGAAGAUUAACGUGCAUCCCUAGGCAACAACAGCAACACUAUCUGCAUGCCAUAAGCUCGUUUUAUCUGGAUUGGAUUGCAAUUUCAUGUAUUAUCUUAAUAGAAUAUUUGAACAGAUGUCUGUUGCUAAGAUAAUCUGCAUGCGGUAGCCUGGCUAGGAAGAGAAGUUGUUUGGUUGGUAGCCUGGCUAGGAAGAGAAGUUGUUUGGUUGCCUGCAUCUAGUUUGAGAAUCUCAUGCAAGAGACUGUUGGUUAUGCGCACACACCUCCUAUUUGAUGUGAGAAUACCUCCAUCACUCCUCAAUGUUGUUAAAUCUCAAUUCAAACGUAUUAAAUCA